CGUUGACAUCACGGACAGAUCAAAUAGAAAACUAUCGAUAAAUUAAUUCCCUAUUCUAAAUACAUACAUAUAUACAUAUAUAUAUAUAGAUAUCUAUAUAUAUAUAUAUAUAUAUGUAUAUAUUGUGAUCGUGUGUCGAUAUGAAAACCAAUUGAAAUAAAACCAUAAUCAGAAUUUGCACAUACGAGUAAAAAUAUUAAAAUUCAAAGGAAAGAAAUUUGUUGGAAAGGUGUGAACAUAGGAAAGGUGUGAACGAUUAACACGCAACGAGGUGUUUAUAAACAACAGGAAGGAAAAUAAAAGAAGAAGAUAAAGAAAAAAAAAAAAGAAGAAGAAGAGAUAAAACGAUCAUCAAAUAAUUCGUCGUGACAGAAUUGGAAUUUAAUUUGAUAAACAAUAAGAAAGAAAGAAAUCUGAUAAUUGUUUAAUAAUUCAAUAAUUGAAUGAAGAAGAAUUGAUCAUAGAUAAUAUUACUAGGAGAAAAUAAGUACUUGUGUAGUACUAGGAGAAUAACUAUGAUGAAAAAUAACGUAAUUUAUUCGUUUCUCGUAUUAAUUCUAAUACCAUUUAUCAUCUGUGCAAAAUUUGAUCAACUAAUUGUCAAAAGAAACAACAAUAACAAUAAUAAUAAUAAUAAUAAUAAUAAUAAUCCAUUAAUAGACAAUACUGAUUACCCUGAUUAUCCGAAAUACAACGAGUACACGGUUGUACCAAAACGAGCAGCAUUGCUGUUUGAUCAAUUAAUGAUAGCUUUACAAAAAGUCGUAGAUAAUCAAGGAGGAAACAUUGGAAGUAGCAAAUCUGUACCAAAAGCUAUACCUCUACAAAUGGCCAAUCCACAAAUACAGUCAUCUGAAGAACAAACGAUGGAUUUACAACGAAGAGGACAAUCGAAAAGUCGCGUUUAUUGGAGAUGUUAUUUCAAUGCUGUAACAUGCUUCAAAAAGAAGUGAUAACAUUUCUCUGAAUCAAUUGCUGAUUGAUGAUUUAUCAAUUGCUAAAGAAAGUUCUUAAUACAAUUAUUCCUAUGCUUUGACUGAUAGCAAAUUUCUUCUUUAUUUUUAAUUAGUUUCGAAGAAUUCAGUUUGUUAUUUCUUUCGUC